GUGUCAUUUCUCUAACCCCACACCCUUCUUAAAACCCCAGGGUUCCUCCUUCCGCAGCCACACUCUUUCUCAACAGAAAACCUCCACCAUGUCCGCGAUCGUACGCCUCAGAGCAAUCGCACACCUCCGAUUCCAUCACAACCGUCCAUUCGGAUCCGCAGCCGCUCUACAAUACAACUACGACGAUGAAGAAGAAUUCGAGUAUAUCGCGCCACGUGGCAUGCUUGACACGGAAGGUUCCGCGCCGGAGCGUGGAGUUCAGUGGGUUAUGAUUGGUGAACCUGGAGCUAAGAGACACAUGUUCGCCGAAAGACUCUCGAAGCUUCUAGAAGUUCCGCACAUUUCCAUGGCAUCGCUUCUUCAUCAAGAACUCAACCCUCGUUCUUCUCUCUAUCAGCAGAUAGCUAAUGCCUUGGAUCAUGGAAAACUUGUACCUGAGGAAAUCAUUUUUGCUCUGUUAUCAAAGAGAUUGGAAGAUGGAUACUAUAGAGGUGAAACUGGGUUCAUUCUUGAUGGAAUUCCUAGAACAAGAAUUCAAGCUGAUAUUCUCAAUCACAUUGCUCAUGUUGAUCUAGUGGUGAAUUUCAAAUGUCCGCAAGAGGAUAUAUUGAAAAAGAAACUGGGACUUCAUAAAUUUACUCCAGGCCAAGAACAUAUUUAUACAACCAGUUCUUGGACCCCAACCAAGCAGUCACAGGAUGAACAUGGCCACAAGCGUGCAGAAGAGUCCAAGAUGUUGGAAGAUUACUACAGGAAGCAGAAGAAACUUUUGAAUUUCGAAGUCGCAGGUGGAGCUGGAGAAACCUGGAAGGGACUUCUGGCUGCACUACAUCUCCAGCAUAUUAAUGCUCUUAGUUCGUCUCAAAAAUUGACUGCGUGAAGAAAGGGCAUUAAUCUUCAUUGUGGCACCCCAUUCAUCCCUCCUCGGCAUUAUACCAUAUGUGAAUAUGAGAGGCAGUAGAAUUUAAAGGAAAUUUUACGAUAGUGUCCCAAUUAUUGGAGAAUUUGAUUUUGAAAAUUUUGAGAAUUUAAGUUUGUUCUGAAGUACACAUUUUAUAUGAACACAAAUUCUUGUAGUGACGGUGUGAGUCUUUUUUUCUUCAUUUUAAUUGUGUUCCAUUCUUUUCUUCUUUUUUCUAGUUUCUAGUAACAUGUCUGGUCCCAGAAUCAACAAGCAAAUGACACGAGACAUUAGCUUUCAACUUUAUUCAUGUGAUGUUCAAACUUUAAGACUUUCUCAUGUUUUAGUCUCAGAUUGGUUUUUAUUACAGCCAAAUUAUGUUGCCAAUU